UAUCCGGUGAUGUCACGUGUGUUUGUUAUUGUUUAUGAUCAGCUGGACUUUGGUCUGUUAAAUGUUGACGUUGAUACCUGUAGAUAGAUAACAGAGACAUGGAGAUCGUACAGAAGCUGUCAGAGAGACCCAGGAGGCUGCUGUAUCUCAGCACGCCGAACGAGACAUCUUUUGAGACGGUGGAAGAAGUGCCUGAAUAUGUGACAGAAGCAAUUCCCUACUUCGUGCUCCUGAUGGGACUGGAGGUGGUGGUGCUAGCAGCACAAGGGAAGCAACUCCCCCGAGCCAACGACGCGUUCAGCUCAAUCAGCGCAGGACUACUGUCACUACUUCAUGGGCUGUUGUUUCGGGCGGUGGAGCUGGUGUGCUACAUCUGGGUGUAUGACCGCUUCUUCCUCAUCUCUCUUCCCUGGAACUCUCCAUGGACAUGGCUGCUCGGCUUCCUCGGAGUUGAUUUCGGCUAUUACUGGGUACAUCGCUGUGGGCAUGAGGUUAACCUGCUGUGGGCUGGUCAUCAAGCCCACCACAGCUCGGAGGAUUAUAACUUGACCACAGCUCUCCGACAGUCUGCUAUAUUGAAAUUGUUUACGUGGAUCUUCUACAUGCCGAUGGCGCUGUGCGUGCCGCCCUCCAUCUUCUGUGUCCACAACCAGUUCAACCUCCUCUACCAAUUCUGGAUACACACAGAGACAAUAGAGAAGCUCGGCCCCCUGGAAUACAUCAUCAACACUCCCAGCCACCACCGUGUACACCAUGGCCGCAACCCCUACUGCAUCGACAAGAACUACGGUGGCACUCUCAUCGUGUGGGACCUUCUGUUUGGUACCUUCCAGCAGGAGGAGACGCGGGUCGUGUACGGCCUCGUCCACCCUCUGUCCACCUGGGAACCCAUCACUGCCCAGCUGUGUCAGCUGAACCACAUCAUUACAACAGCAUGGAGGAUCGAGGGACUUGGGAACAAGCUGUCCGUCGUUUUUAAAGGCCCUGGAUGGGAACCCGGCAAGCCCCGUCUGGGAUGUAAGGAAGAUUUGCCUCAGGUGGAGUCCCCAGUGAGGAAGUAUGACCGUAGUGUGCCGGUCAGUGUCAGUGCCUACGUGUGGACGCACUUCACCCUAAUCCUUGUGGGCUACCUCUAUCUUUCUGUACACAGACAGGACUUCAGUACAGUGAUGGUGCUGGCCAGUGUGCUGUACGUAUGCUUCUCCCUGUCUACCUUCGGUCUGCUGUAUGACAACUGGAAGUUCUCGCCAGUCAUGGAGCUGGUCAGAUGUGCGGUCUUCAUCAUGGCCUGUGAAGUGAUGGACAUGCCACGGUAUCUGGUGUUGUCUCCCCUGUCUGCCCUGUAUGUGGUGUACAUGGGUUCAUCUCUCCUGUGGGGCGGCCUCGCCUUACAACGGUGGCGCUUCACAGUCAAGGGACAUGUACACUGAGCCAUGGAUGUCCUCAUACAAUACUCUCACCAUCUAGUAUUUCCAACCAGCGUCUUGGUCUUGUACUCAUUCCAUAGAGACAUUCCACAGAGUGUCAUAAGAUAAAAAACCUGCUCCUGCAAAUUACUUAAAUUUGUGAUAGUUUCAAAGAGUGCCGUCAGAAAAUAUCCUGCGAUUGCAAAUGACUUACAUUUCUCUUCUUAUUUUUGAACCCAGCCUGGAUGCCAUCAUUCAUUUAGUAAUGUCCUCUUUGCUUUGUGGUCCAUGGAUUGUGUGGUAUUUUGUCUUAGCAUCAGACCCAAUCUGAGACUGUCAGGUCACAAAAUUUAUGGCAUUAAGCUAGAUAUUCUUGCGUCAAAGUUAGAUGUGUCCUACUUGCAUUUUAACAAGACCUCUGUGUAUGAUGUUGAAUGUUUAACACAUGUAUGUAGCUGAUUGAGCUGUAUAAAUUAUGUUAAAUGUUUAACACAUGUAUGUAGCUGAUUGAGCUGUAUGAAUUAUGUUGAAUGUUUUAUACAUGUAUGUAGCUGAUUGAGCUGUAUGAAUUAUGUUGAAUGUUUAACACAUGUAUGUAGCUGAUUGAGCUGUAUAAAUUAUGUUAAAUGUUUAACACAUGUAUGUAGCUGAUUGAGCUGUAUGAAUUAUGUUGAAUGUUUUAUACAUGUAUGUAGCUGAUUGAGCUGUAUGAAUUAUGUUGAAUGUUUAACACAUGUAUGUAGCUGAUUGAGCUGUAUGAAUUAUGUUGAAUGUUUAAUACAUGUAUGUAGCUGAUUGAGCUGUAUGAAUUAUGUUGAAUGUUUUAUACAUGUAUGUAGCUGAUUGAGCUGUAUGAAUUAUGUUGAAUGUUUUAUACAUGUAUGUAGCUGAUUGAGCUGUAUGAAUUAUGUUGAAUGUUUAACACAUGUAUGUACAUGUAGCUGAUUGAGCUGUAUGAAUUAUGUUAAAUGUUUAACACAUGUAUGUACAUGUAGCUGAUUGAGCUGUAUGAAUUAUGUUAAGUUUUUUAUACAUGUUUAUAUGAAGGAUAUGAAUGGUUUAAGCCUAUCAUCCAUAGAACUGUUUUUGUGGGCUUGAAGCAUAUUUCAACACUUGUAGUCAGAUACAUUUAUUCCAUCUCUUCCCCAGGUCACUUAUCCCUGUUUUGUUGAAGGACAAAUCCUGGUGUGUCAGCCAGCCCUCAUAGCAGCAACCAGUGAAUUUUUGGUCCUGGUUAAAUCUCUGACCAUGCAAGUGUUUCUUGUCAAGUUUGAAAAGUCAUAUCUGGUGAAUACGGUGGAUGGGAUAGAAGUAUUUGUUAUAUACUUCAGUGUGAAAGACUGAGUUUUCUGAAUUUGAGAAGUGAAAUGAUAUCUUCAUUGCAGUGAACAUGACACUUGAUAUUUCACUGCAGUGAACAUAACACUUUGCCGGAAAUAUUGUCACACAAGAGUUACCUCCCCGCAAAUUGUCUCCCUUUUUCAUAUAUGUCUGGCCCGUGCAGUUACUUUUUACAUUAGCUCCAUAUUGACAAGGCAAAAUAAUGCCAGAUAGUCAUGCAUGGAGUUAAUAUCGCUUCUUAAACUUUGUUAUUCUCUUGAAAAUGUUUCUUGUAAAUUUCUCAUUUAACUCUUCACUCGAGACUGUUCAUUUUGCAAAGCGUCAUUUUUGUUACUUGACCAGCGUGUAUUCUUUCAUUUCCAACAACUGUCUCAUAGAUUUAAAAAUAUGUUUUGUUUAAGUAGAUUUUGUAUAUGAUCCAAAUAUAUGAUAAAGACUUUCCAUGACCCUAAA